UUUGUAGAAAUGGGGAAGAUAAAUCAAAAUUGGACAAGGAGCCUCAUAAGGAAUGCUACCAGGCUAAAAAUCUUGUCACAGAGAGGAAUAGGAGGAACAAGAUAAAGAAGGGGCUUUUCACUCUGCGGUCUCUAGUCCCCAAGAUAACCAAGAUGGAUAGAGCUGCAAUUCUUGCUGAUGCAGUUGACUACAUAAAGGAAUUGCAAACACAAGUAAAACAACUCAAAGAUGAGGUCAGGGCAUUGGAAGUACAGAACAGUGAGAAAAACACACCACAAUUGAGGAUGCCAUUAGGCAAGGAACAAGAGGGAACCAGAAGUAACCCUCUUAAUCAAAGUUCUUCUGAAUGCACUAAGAAGACACAGAUGAAGCAGGUGCAAGCAGAAGUGCAUCACAUUAGCAAGACAUGUUUCAUGAUUAAGUUAUACUGUGAGCAGAAGAAAGGUGGGUUUUCAAAGUUGAUGGAAGCUAUUCAUUCAAUUGGACUGAGGGUGGCUAGUGCCAAUAUGACCACAUUUGGUGGCAAAUCCCUGAACAUUCUGACGGUUGAGGCAACCAAGCAGGAUAUUCUCCCAACGAAACUGAAAGAGUAUUUAAUACAGAAGACAAGUGAUGAUAGACAAAGUAUCUAAGAAGUUCAAGAAAUGGUGGUGAUAUGAAGAUUUCAAGAAAGGAAGAGCUUCUUUUCAAAGUUUGCAGUUUGCACAUCCGGUAAAUGGAAAUUCCAUUUACAGCUGAGAAUUAAAACACUUGAAUGACACAAUUGUCAGAAAAGUCACUAAUUCUGAGAACAAGUUGAAGUAUCACUUGUUAACUAAGGACUUGGUUAUUGUCUGUAAAUACACAACACACCACAACUUUAAAGAAGUUGUACUAGAAGCAUAAAUUGUAUAUCCAAUUCUUGGCACCGGCAACACCAAUUUACUAUUUCCUGUGACUAUGGUUAUGCCACAAAGCCACAUUGCAUGUUAAGUAAUGAAUCAUCUUUUCUUGCUUGUGGCUUGAUAUGGUGCAGAAUUAUUCUUAACUC